AUCAGCCCCUCCCCAGCACCGGCUGUGCGCUCCCGCCCCGCCCCCCGCACACACCCCCGCCCCACACUCCCGGCGCUGCUGCCUGAGCCUUCCUGGAGUUACUUAAUCCACCCCAGCCCCAGGCACUGAACCGCGCGUGCAGACCCUCGUCCUCAGUUCUGCGGAGAGAGGGUCUCCACAGCAUUUCUGCUCCUCCCCCAAGACUGCGGCAGGGCACAGCACCAGCAGAGCCCACACACCGCCCAGGCACUGGCAGCAUGGAGCUGAAGAGAGGAAAGACCUUCAUCAAGUCCAGCCUGCAGGUUUCCCAUGAGAAACCCCCAGACCCAGCAGCCGUAGCUCCAGCCAGGGAGGGGGCAGGCCCCUGGUCAGUCCUGCCAGGAGGGCAGCAGAGGCCCCACAGUGAGAAGGGCCCCCAAGCCAGCCCCAGUGCCCAAGAAUACGACAGAUGCCCCAACAGAGGGGCACAGCCGGACCCCAAAGGGGGACCUGCAGCCCUCUGCGGAGCCACCUUCAAACCCGUGCGAAAGAGCAAGACUCACGACAGCGUGUCUGGAGCAGGCAGGGCCACAGCUGCCACAGGGCAGUUGGUGGGCAGUGCAAGCUUCCCGGGCUCCCCGGGCAGCCGGCGCAUGAUCGACUACCGCCACUUUGUGCCCCAGAUGCCCUUCGUGCCGGCUGUGGCCAAGAGCAUCCCGAGGAAGAGGAUUUCCCUGAAAAGGCCCAAGAAGUGCUUUCGGAACCUAUUCCACAUUCGCAGAAACAAGACUGAGGACUUGGCCUCGCUGGCGGCUGAGGGGAAAAGUCUGCCCUCCCCAGGGGACCCAUCAGACCCUGGGGGCCGGCAAAGCAAAGCCUUCUUCCCCCCGGGUGAGGGGCUGGGGCUGGACAGCCUGUGCCAGGACCUGUCGGACAGCGAGCUCCUGGCUGAUGCAUCCUUUGGUCUAUGCAGGGCCCUGUGUGAGGACGUGGCCUCGCUCCAGAGCUUUGACUCGCUCACGGGUUGUGGGGAGGUCUUUGCAGAUGAGAGCUCGGUGCCAUCCCUGGAGCUGAAUGAGGGCCCGGAGAGCCCAACCCAGGCAGCUGAGGGCCUGGAGAGCAAGGUUCCCAGGGGCCCCCUCCAAGGCAGUGUGGAGCAGCUGGCCUCUCCCGCCCAGAAUGAAGCCUCCGACUUCACCAGGUUCUGGGACAGUGUGAAUCGCUCAGUGCGGCAGCAGCAGCGUGCCCUGCUAGGCCCAUGGCUUUCGGGCCCCCAGGGCACAGACAGGGACCAAUCUCGGCUGGACACAGCUGGGCUCGCUGAGCUGCCCCUCUGUCCCUGCAGGGACCCUCGCAGCGGCUCCAAAGCCAGCUCCAUCGACACAGGCACCCCCAAGAGCGAGCAGCCCGAAUCCGUGUCCACGAGUGACGAGGGCUACUAUGAUUCCUUCUCGCCAGGACUUGAGGAGGACAAGAAGGAAGCUGAGAGCCCAGGCACUCCCGCCGUCACCUUCCCACGGGACAGCUACAGUGGGGACGCCCUCUAUGAGCUCUUCCAUGACCCCAGCGAGGGUCCUGUUGGCCCCAGCCCAGAUGAUGACCUGUGCGUGUCUGAGAGUCUGUCAGGGCCGGCCCUGGGGACGCCACUGUCCAUGUGCAGCUUCCGAGUGGGGGCCGAGGAGAACUUGGCCCCAGCACCAGGCCCUGACCUGCUCAGCCAGGGCUUCCUACAGAGCUCCUGGAAGGGCAAGGAGUGCCUGCUGAAGCUGUGUGACACUGAGCUCGCCAUCACCAUGGGCAUCGUCAGCUGGCUGCGCCGAGGCCCCACGCCCCGUGCCCCACCCACCCCUGGGCAGCCUGUAGCUCCAUCUGGUCCCCAGGGAGCCCCCAGGGCACCCACAGAGAAGUUAGGGGGCAGGGAUGGCCUGGCCUCAGAUGCAGGCGGGGCAACGGUUUGCUCAGCACCCAGCAGGCAGGAGCUGUGGGCACACACGGGCACCACAGACCUGCUUACCGGAGAGAGCAAGGCCCUCGGGGUGGCCAUACAGGGGACUGGCACACUGUCCAGGGAUGCCUCUCAAGAGGAAGGGACACGAGGUCACUCUGAUGACUUGUUCUCCUCUGUGGAGUCUGCAGCCACUUCGACAACAAAUACUUCCAGUGAAAACAAGGCCCCAAUCCCUUCUGCCUGGCCCUGCUCCCACAAGGAGCCUGGGCCACCAGGGGUCCUGGGGUGUUUCCAUGGCCCCUGGAGGCCAGGUCACGGGGGUGGCACUCUAGAUGCAGAGCCCAUGCUGUCAGGCUGUGUGGCCCGUGCGGCAGCCCUGAAGAUCAGCUCAAACGACCAGCCCCCGGCUGCAUGGCCUCCAAGGCAAGACGUGGGCAGUGGGCUCUUUGGGCAGCGCCGGGCCAGGGGCCCUGACGUUCUGCAGCAGAAACAGUCCAGCAGCUCCCCCAGCAUGACCACUGUCCAUGGCCUACCCUCCUCGGCCAGCACACAGGACCAAAGGUGUCGAGAUCAUGUCCAGGACCUGAGCUGGCUCAGGGUGGAGCCCCCCAGGCUGGGUGUCCAGGCCUGGGCCCCUGUGGAGGACCCGCCCCUGCAGCUCAGCACAGCGGCUGUGGAGCAGGUGACAUACAGCAGAAAGCUGGACUCUGAGCCCCCAUCAGCCCCUGCUGCCCAGUGGAGUCCCCAGGGCCACCAUCCAGAAAGCCUGGGCCUCACUUUGAACCGCCAGCGGGAAGGGGGGGUCUCUGCAAGUGCCCCAGAAUGCCGUUGCAGCCUCCUGGCCCGUGAGGGCCUCCUCUGUGGCCAGCCAGAAGUGGGGGCCUCCAGGCCAGCCGUGGCGGAGCCCCAUCUGUAGGACAGGCUCACACGCACUAGGAGCUGCAUGUGUCUUCAUGACCACUUUCAGGAGAGCCUAGGACUCAAGUCUCUAUCUUUGGUCCCUGAUGUGGGGACUGUGUUGGGGGGAGGGGGUGGCAGGACUCAGGCAUGCAGAGGGCAGCAUGUUCAUGUGGAGGCAUCCUUGCCUGAACCCACCAGCUCAGGCAGCCCACCGCCCCCACCACCAAAGAGCAUGAAGCUGCGGCCACCUAGCUGCUCCUCAUGCAGGGGCUGGAAAGAGGGGCUGGGGCUUGAAACUGAUGGGAAGAAAGACCUGCACCUUGUACAUGGGAAGCAGAGAGCCAGUGACUCUGCCCAGGGAUUGUGUGGGAAUCCCGAAAGACACAGUCCCAAAUGCCAUGGUCCCAAGUGUUGAGAAUCCAAAAUAUUAAAAUUACUCUAAAAUCC